AUGAGAGUUGUACCUGUUCUCGUCAGCGCAGAUAAUUAUGCAUAUCUCCUCAUCGACGAGCCAACAAGGAAGGCGGCGGUGGUGGAUGUAUUAGACGUAGAAAAGGUACAGGCUGUAGCGGAUAAAGAAGGCGUCAGCAUCGUCGCUGGCAUCACUACACAUCACCAUCAAGAUCAUAGUGGUGGAAACAAGGCAUGUUUAUUCUUGACAUCACUGAUGUACUGGCCACUAACGGUUUCCACGUAUCCUAGUAUCCCCGUUUAUGGAGGUUUUGAUGUGCCUGCUAAAACACACCUCGUCGAGGAUGGUGGCGAGUUCACUGUCGGUGAUAAUAUACAUGUUCGGUGCUUGGCAACCCCAUGCCAUACCAAGGAUUCUAUUUGCUUCCAUGCAACGGACACAUCCAUCAAGUCUCAGUCCGGCGGUGUGUUCACUGGUGAUACUCUUUUCUUAGGCGGGUGCGGUCGUUUCUUCGAAGGGACGGCAGAGCAAAUGCACGCCUCCCUUUCGAAACUAGCAGCGCUUCCAGACGACACGGUCGUAUACAACGGUCACGAAUAUACAGCUGGCAAUGUUGCGUUCGCGAAGACUAUUGAGCCCGAGAACCCGGCCAUUGGCCGGCUUUUCAAGCUCGCACAGGAGAACAAGGUUACCACCGGUCUGUCGACAAUCGGUGAUGAGAAGGAGUGGAAUGUGUUCAUGCGUUUGGAUAAAGUUGCGAUAAUGCAGGCUACUGGUGCAGAGGGACCUGGUGCAGUUAUGAACAAGUUGCGUGAGCUGAAGAACAACUUUAGGGGGUGA